AAUUUCAAACAAAUCUAGAUAAUGUAAAUAAUGUCAUGUUUGACAUUUCUCAAUGUAAACAUAACCAAAAAAAAAUCGUAGAUAUUAUAAUAAAACUUAUUUUUAAAAAUUAAUAGAAUGUACAAAAGAAAAUGGAAGAAUUUAAGAAAAAUUGAUAAUGAUAAUUUUGAACUUGAACCAGAAAUAACUAAAAAAUCGCAAUGCUUUUCAAGAGUUAAUUUUGCACAUAUAGCAUUUGAUUGGAAUGAAGAAUAUUUCGUUGCAAUUGAUACAGCAGGAUAUUUAUAUUACAUCGAUUUAACAAAUAAUUAUCCUUCUUAUAAAAAAUUAGGUAAUAUUGGAAUAGCAACAUUUAUAGGAUGUAAUCCUAUAAAUAAAUGUGAAAUAUUAGUUGGUCUUACUACAGGUGAUAUAAAAAUAUUAAAAGUAAAUAUAGAUGUUUCUCAAUUUUGCCUAUUAAUUGCUCAUAAAAUACCACCAUUACAAAUUUCUUUUUACAAGAAAUAUUGUUUGACCUUUUCAUGUAAAGAAGUUAUAAUAUGGUGUUUACAUUCUUGUAGUAAAGCUCAACAAUUAAAAAUUAAUACAAAAAAUUGUAUAAUAAAAAAAGCAAGUUUCUCAAAUUUAGGACACAUUGCUGUACUGUAUUAUAAUGAUAAUUUUCAAAUAUGGAAUCACAAUCAAUUUGGAAAUAAUAUUAAAAUUGAUGCAAAAAUAUUUGGUAUACGAAAUAUUAAAGAUUUUGUCUUUACACAAAAUGGAAGAGCAAUGAUUAUAGUUAAUAUUCAGAAUAAAAUUAUCAUUUUGAAUACAUGUAACUGGAAUUUAAUGAAAACUUUAAGUUUACCAGAUAAUUUUAUUGGAGUAAAACAUUUAUCUCUUGUACCAUCACCUUUGGAUGGUGGAGCAAAUAAUAUAAUAGCUUGUAUUUCUUCAACUUACAAUUUAUAUUUUUUUGAUCUGAAUAAAUCUUGCUUUAUUAAUAUUCUACAACCUCUUAAACCAAUAAAAAAAAUUAUAAUUUCUCCUACUGGCAGAUACAUAACAUAUAUAGAAAAAGAGGGUCAUUUAAAGUUCAUAAUUACUGAGAAAUUAUUUUUAGACAAAUGUGAAUCUUUACAAAAAAUAGAACCAUGUAGACCAGUUGCACAUGAAAUAUGUGAUCAUUUACAAUGUGUUAGACAAAGUAUUAAGCGCGAAUUACGUUUAGAAAGAUUAACACUUAUUCUAAAAGAAUUUGGAGAAUAUCCUGAAAAAUAUCGUGUAUUAAUAUGGUCAACUAUUUUAAAUUUGCCAGCCAAUAAAAGUGCAUAUAAUGCUCUAGCUAAUAAAGCUGCCAAUAUAAAUUUUACUUUAAAUAUUUUAAAAAAUCAUCCAUUAGCAAGUAGAAGUAAAAAAAUAUUAUUAAUGACAAUAGUUAAUUGUUUAAUACAAUGGUGUCCUUUAUUAAUACAAUGUUCAUUUUUACCAAACUUAGUUUUUCCAUUUCUUAUGAUUUUUCAGAAAAAUCUACUAUGUGGAUUUGAACUUAUUCUGAGUAUUUUAUUAAACUAUUGUCAAAAAUGGUUUGAAUAUCAUCCUUUACCACCAUUAAAUAUAUUAGGUAUAAUAGAAAAUAUUCUCCUACAAGCAGAUCCAUCUUUAUUAAAUGUUUUUUGUGAACGAAAAAUAACAUCCAGUGAAUAUGCAUGGCCACUUUUAAAGACUGCAAUGAGUGAAGUCUUGUCUGGUCCUGAAUGGUUAAUUUUAUGGGAUCAUUUAAUAUCUUUUAAAAAACCUUCACUUUUAUUAAUGAGUGUUAUUGCAUACAGUAUAUGUUCUCGUGAAAUUAUCAUAUCUUCAUUGCAAACGCAAGAAAAUAUUAAAAAAUAUUUUAUUAAACAAGGCCAUAUUGGAGCACAAGAAUUAUUAAAAGUCGCUCAGAAGCUUGAUAAUAGUAUACCAUUAAGAAUACAUCCUAGUUAUUAUCUUAGAAAUGAAAUAAUUACAUUGCCUUUUAAAGGACCAUAUCCUCCAUUUAUGACAAAUGAUUUUCCAAAAUUUUUAACAGAUGAAAUUUCUAUCUUCGAAUUAGAAAAAUUAAAACAAAAAGAAAUUAUGCGUGAAUAUAAUCAUAUAACUACAAAAAUUGCAGAAGAAAAUAGAUUAAAACAUGAAGCAAAAACUUUUAUAGAUGAAAUUCAUCAAAUAAGAUUAUCUGAAGCACAGAAAUGUUUCAAAGAAUAUACAUUUAAUAAGGAUUGGGAAUUGAAAGCAAUAGAAGAAGAUAUAUCCAAAGCUAAACAUAAAUGUAUUUGUGAUCAAUUUCAUGAUAUUCCACAUUUAGAUUUAGAAACUUCAAGUAAUGAAGAUAUGGUAGAUUUAAAAAAUGAUAAAAGAAAAUAUUACCAACAAUUACAACAAGAUGUAGACAAUUUGGAAUAUGAAGUACAAAGUUUUUUAGAUUCAUUAAGAUCUCAAAAAUCCAGACUAAUUAAUACUUAAUAUAUUUUAUAAUAGAAAAUUAAUAUAUUUUUUUAAAUAUGUGAAAGAUUGAAAUAUA